AUGCGGUCAGCUUGGAACACUCCUAUCUUGCCUGUACAAAAGCCCAAUGGCACAUACCGGCUGGUCCAGGACCUGAGGGCAGUUAAUGAGCGGGUUAAAACUCUGCACCCCCUUGUUCCAAAUCCGUAUACAUUGUUGGCCUCUAUAGGGGGGCAGUACACCCAUUUUUCAGUCCUGGAUUUAAAGGAUGCUUUCUUCACGAUUCCGGUUGACCUCCAGUCUCAGGAGAUUUUCUCUUUCGAGUGGGAGGACAAAAGGAGGGUUAGAAAGCAGCUUUGCUGGACAGUGCUGGCUCAGGGAUUUAAAAAUUUCCCCACCCUUUUCAGCCAGGCCCUGGCCAGAGACUUGGAGGAGUGGGACAAGGUGGAUGACUUGUUAAUUGCUGCAGUGGGUCUAACCUCUUGCCUUAAAGCCACUGUGAGCCUCCUGAACUUUGUUGGACUUCGAGGAUAUCGAGUAGCACAGAGUAAGGCUCAGAUUGCCCUUCCAGAAUUUCACUACUUAGGAUUUUAUAUAAAGCAGGGGGAACAUCAGCUUUCAAACGAAAGAAAGGAAGUUAUCUGUCAAAUUCCUAUCCCAAGCAAUCGUAAACGGCUCAGGGCAUUUCUGGAUAUGGCAGGCUUCUGUAGGAUAUGGAUCGAGUUUCGACUAUGGGCUAAACCCUUGUAUGAAUGUGUUAAGGGAGCGGAUCAUGACCCCUUUUACUUGUCUUCAGAAGCCGACAAGGCAUUUAAGGUUUUAAAAAGGAAACUGAUGGAAGCUCCAGCCCUGGGUCGGCCAGACCUCUCUAAGCCAUUCCAACUGUAUGUCCAUGAAAGGAAAGGAGUGGCCCUGGGAGUGCUUACUCAGUUAUUAGGCACCUGGAAAUGUCCCGUGGCAAAUUUCUCUAAACAACUGGAUCAAGUUGCUAAGGGAUGGCCGGCAUGUUUGCGAGCGGUCGCAGCAACUGCCCUAAUGCUUGGGGAAGCUGAGAAACUGACAUUGGGAGGAACUGUGCAAGUAUAUACUCCCCACAUGGUUCAAGCCCUGCUGGAUACUAAAGGUGGUCUCUGGCUUACACAGGCUCGAGUUGCUCGGUAUCAGGCAAAGCUUGUAGAAAAUCCUGAAGUUACCUUACAGACCUGUCCCUCCCUUAACCCAGCUACCUUGUUACCGGAGACGGAGGAGCAGGAACAUGACUGUUUGGAAGUCAUAGAUGCCCAAUAUUCUAGCCGCCCAGACUUGAAAGAUCAACCUCUCCUGAAUGCUGAUUAUGAGUGGUAUACGGACGGCAGUAGUACAGUUGUAAAUGGGCAAAGGAGGGCUGGCUAUGCUAUUGUAUCUCUCCAUGAAACUGUGGAAGCAGAGGGUUUACCUGCUGGGCCAUCAGCCCAGCUGGUUGAAUUGGUAGCCUUAACUCGUGCACUUGAACUGUCAAAAGGGAAAAGAGUUAACAUUUUUACUGAUUCCAGAUAUGCUUUUGGAGUACUAUAUGCCCAUGCUGGUCUAUGGAAGCAACGAGGAAUGUUGACAGCUCAAAGCUCUCCUGUCAAGCAUGGACCCCAGAUUCUCCGGCUUUUAGAAGUGGUACAGCUCCCCUCAGUGGUAGCAGUACACUGCAAGGCUCAUCAAAAGGGAGAUCAAGAUGUGGCCAGAGGUAAUGCUAGGGUGGAUAGGGAAGCUAAGCGAGCUGCUACCCUGGAACCACUGGAAGCUGAAGUUGACCAUAUGCAUGCCCUUAUCCCAUCAGUGGGGGAGCUCCCGACUCCUCAGUACUCUGGCGAAGAAAGGGAUCUGGCCGACAGACUCGGUCUCCAGGAAAAAGAGGGGUGGUUCCACUCCCUGGAAGGAAAGAUCCUACUACCAAAGGGCCUAAUUCGGUCAGUGCUGCAGAAACUACAUCAAACCACUCAUGCAGGGAGAGAGGCUCUCUCUCAGCUAAUGGGUAAAUAUUUUUUAACCUCUGGACUUAGGCCUCUGGCCUCCCAGGUGCAGGCUGAAUGUUUAGUCUGCCAAAAGAACAACCCUCGACCGGGAGUGUCAGUACUGCCAGCCACUCUGGAGCCUACCCCAGGCCCGGGACUGGUUUGGCAAAUAGAUUUUACUGAGUUUCCCCAGACCCAAGGAUUCAGAUACCUCCUCGUCUUGGUAGAUCGAUUCAGCGGAUGGCCUGAGGCCUUCCCAUGCCGUAAUAACACUGCCAAAACAGUGGCUCUUAAAUUUGUCAAAGAGAUCAUUCCUCACUUCGGACUCCCCCAGUGGAUGGAAUCUGACAAUGGAACACACUUCACAUCCCAAGUUGUUCAAAAGAUAUCGGAUGCCCUACAGAUCCCCUGGAAGCUUCACACGCCAUGGCGACCGCAGGCCAGUGGGGUAGUGGAGCGUACAAAUCAGACACUUAAGCGGCACCUCUCAAAGGUAUACCAAAGAUUUGCAACCUCUCCCGCUGGAUGCCCCGAUCCACUCCUUGCAGCCAGGCGAUUCCUCACAGCGCACUCCCCGCGAGACCUGUGA